AAAAUAUCAGUGAAAUUUGAUUAGGCACAGCUUGAUGCUUCAGUAUUACCUAUUUGAAUAUACACAAAUCUGUUUCGGGUUUAGUGGAAUUGUGUGAUGUUUCGUGAUGGACAAUAGGCCAGUUAACUUGUUCGUAAAAAAGAUCGAAGGAAAUGCCAGAAACGUAUUUUCGUCAUCAGCUAAAGAUAAUGGAGCCAAUCGUUCACUUAGAAAAAAUUGUACAACGGAUAAAAUUAAAGAAGAAGAAACUGGCGAUGAAAUUCAGGAGUACGCAGCAACUACAAUGAGUGAAUUAUUGGGAUGGUAUGGCUAUGACAAAGUAGAUAGUGCUUGCACAAGAACUUUAAAUUUGGAUCAUUUUACAUCUACACAUAAUGGAUCUCCAACAUCAGUGAAUACAUCUAAUUCAUUUUUUGGAGUUUCCAGUAUACCAUUGCCUUAUUCUACUAAUAGUUUAAUGUCCAUAAGUGGACAAUUAUUAACACCUUCUUUAUCUUUGGAAAAUGUAUCGCUUGAUCCUAUACCCAAAUUUUCAUAUAAAAAUUAUUCAAAUCCUACUUGCUCAGAUAAUAUGUCGUGUUCUUGGUGUGGUAGAAUUACUCAAAUAUUUGAAUCAGAAAGAUCCAGUUCUCUUUCGUAUAAUAUGAUGAAUACUUUGGGACAUUUUUGUAGCGAAGCAUGUAUUGCAGCUGGCAGAAAAGCAGCUUUUAAACAAGUAAAGACAUGUGAUUGGUGUAGACAUAUGCGAAAUCCAAUUAGUUAUGUUGACUUUCAGGAUAGUGAAAGUCAACUUCAAUUUUGUAGUGAUAAGUGUUUGAAUCAAUAUAAAAUGAAUAUCUUUUGUCAUGAAACUCAAACUCACUUAAUGCUACAAGGUUUAAAUAAUGCUUCUUUCCAUGACACAGAAAAGAGUAGUUUAAUAACACCUGAGCUGUGGUUUCGAAGUUGCCAAUCACCAUUAAAUAGUUCUACAGAGGAUACAUGUCUAAGUGAUGAACAUGUCACAUCUAAUUUAUUUCCAUGUCUUCAUGAUGAUAGAACAACAGAAAUAGAACAAAAUAAUAUUGAGAAAUUAGUGGAAUCUAAUCAAAGAGUAUGUAGAAAAAAAGAUUCAAUUAAUGUAAAAAAAUGUGCAAAAAUGAACCACUGUAAUAAAAGGAAAGGAAACUUUUGUACUGAAAUUAAUGAAAGUAAUAUUAAUGAACAUAUUAAGGAAGAAUUUUUAGUAAAUGGAGAAAACAAAUUUUGUCAUUCUGUUAAUAAUGAAACUUAUUGUAGAGUAAGUUAUUUAGAAAAAAAUGACUUGAAGUAUAAAAAUUUCAAAAAGGAAUGUGACACAAUAGACAUUAUAAACCAUAAUUCACAUAAUCAUCAAAAUAAUAACACAUUUUCAGAAAAGAAUAUACAUAUAAGAAACAUGAAAAAUUAUCAAGAAAAAGAACAUUGUAAUUUCUCAGAAAAUAUGCUACAAUCAUCAUCUUGGUUUGCACAUUCAACAGCACCUGUAUUGCAUCAGGAUAUUCCAGUUUUGUCUAAAUCUUGUACAAAUGAAUCUAGCCAAACAAAAUAUCAAAAGGAAAAUAAUGUCUCUUCAAGAACUUCUUCAUCUAAGGAAUUCAAUCAAGCUCAAUCUUUAAAUUCAUUAUCUACAACACUUUUGCCACCUGUUACACUUCUUGUACCAUAUCCUAUACCUAUACCCAUACCAAUUCCUAUUCCUAUUCUUGUUCCUAUAUCAACUGCAAUUUUUAGUAAAUUAAUGACUGAUAAGCAAGAUUCUAUAUAUACUAAAGACUCAAAUUGUAAAACUAUGGAAUACAAAGACUCAGCAGAAAAUAAAUGUUCUGUGCUUGAUAGAUCGAAAAUUACUACAACAAAUACUCCAACAGGAAAUCAACAGCAUACAAUAUCAGAUAAAUUUUAUUUUUUAUCAGCAGUUUCUAAUGCCAAUAAUGAAAAUAAUAAUAGUUUGCAUGCAUUAAAACAGAAUGCAGAACCUUUAAGAAAAAAAAAACGCUCAAAUAAAGUCAUUAACUAUGGGCAUGAAAAG